AACUUUAUGUUAAAUCGUUACAAUAAAUAUGUAAUUAGGGUAGUAUAUGAAAAUACCAAUCUCAUACUAGUGAUACAACUCCCCUUCUCAAUUCCUCUCAUAACUCCUAAACAAAGGAGAGAAAGAAAAAAGUACAAUUAAAUUAAACAAAAUCAAAUUGGCAGAGACAAAUAUUCUUGCUGUGCGGCUUGUAAUAAAUUUAAUCCACCACCAAAAAAAAACCAAAAAAAAAAAAAAAAAAGUAUUUAUUUGCCUCUUCUUCCAUUCAAUUCUCUCUCAUCACUUUAAUUUCUCUCACACAAAAACACACACACACACUACACUCAUCCAUCCAUCCAUCCAACACAUAAAAAGCAAACAAACGCAGACAAACAACUUCUAGUCAUAGAGAGAGAAACCUAACUCAUUUCAGACAUUCCUUUUUCUCUCCUUUUUCAAAAAAACAAACAAUUUCACCUCUACUUUUAAUCUUAAUUUAAACACCACUUUUUUUUUUUUUUUUUUUGGGUCUUCUGCUUCUUCUUCAUCUGUUCAUGGACACCGCUCAAUGGCCUCAGGAGAUAUUAGUGAAACCAAUGGAAGAAAUGAUCCCCAAUACAUGCUCAUCCUCAGCAACAGCCCAAAUUACAAACAUAAACACCAAUAUCAGUAAUAGUAACAACAAUAGCAAUAACAACAACAAUUCAAAACCAAGUUCUACUUCUUUAGAGAGGAAAGUAAGGCCUCAAAAAGAUCAUGCCGUAAAUUGUCCGAGGUGCAAUUCAACCAACACCAAAUUUUGCUACUACAAUAAUUACAGCCUUACUCAACCAAGGUACUUCUGCAAGACUUGUAGAAGGUAUUGGACCGAAGGCGGUUCUUUGAGAAACAUUCCUGUUGGUGGUGGUUCUAGAAAGAACAAGAGAUCAUCAACCUCAUCUUCAUCGCCGUUGUCGUCGAAAAAGAUAUCUUCUCAUGAUUUGGUUGCUGCUCAACAGCAAUCACAUCAUUUUGUUCAUCAAAACCCUAAUAACAAGAUCCACCCUCAUCAUCAUCAUCAUCAACAGCUUCAUAAUAUGCAUCAUCAAGGUCAAGAUUUAAACUUGGGGUUUCCACCAAAUCAGCAAGAAUUCAGAAGUCUUUCUGAAUUCAUGCAAUUGCCUACUAUUGAAACUGCAAAACCCCAAAUGCCAAAUUCUGCCAAUACUAAUACUAGUACUAAUGGUAGUAGUGCUACUACUAAUCAUCAUCUUUCGGCUUUGGAGCUUUUGAAUGGUCUUACAUCCUCUAGGGGGCUAACCCCUUUCAUGCCGAUGCCGGUCCCGGCUCCGGAUCAUCCCAAUGGCAACGGUGUUGGUGGCGGUGUCUAUCCAUCCGGGUUUCCCUUACAAGAUUACAAGCCGAGUUUGAAUUUUUCGCUUGUAGAAGGUCUUGGAGAUGGGUAUGGGAGUAUACAACAAGGAGAAGUGCAGCAACAUCAACAAGUAGUAUCUGAUCAUCAACAACAAAAUCAACAAACAGCUAAUGGAAGGCUUUUGUUUCCUUUUGAAGAUUUAAAGCAAUCAACUAGUGGUGAUCAUAAUAAUACUAAUAGUAAUACUAACAAUAAUAGUGGUGAUAAUCAUCAUGAACAACAAAAUGGUAAACAAGGAGAUGUUUCAACACCUGGGUAUUGGAGUGGCAUGUUGGGUUCUAGAGGAUCUUGGUAGCUUUACUCAAUAUUUGCACAAAUUAUGGAGUAAUUAAUAUGGUUUUUUCCUUUUUCUUUUUCUCUUUUUUUACUUAAUUUUCUUGUUUUAAAUCUCUUAAAUCUGAUCCAUCUCCUUUGUUCUUUUAGAUUUUCUUAAUGGGGUGAUAUCUGAUAUGACUUGUUUUGAGGGUUUUUUUUUUCUUUUCAAAAAAAAAAAAAAAAAAAAGAGCUAACAGAUAAUAGGGAUACAAUAUGGGUUUAUGAUUUCUCUUAAUUUCUGAUUAGCUUGUUAAUUAAUUUCUGAUGAUUGUGUGAUUUUGAAGUGGGAAAAAAUUUAGUUUUUUACUUUACAAAAAAAAAAAAAAAAGGAAAAGCCCAUAAUUUUUGAGGGGCUUUGCCCAUAUACCAUGUUAAGCAAAGUUAAUUAGCUUAGCUUAUGGUGUUUGUCUUGUAUUGGAAGAGGAAUUUUCCAAGAUGAUGUUGCAUCAGUGUCUUAGUGUCAUUGGUUGGCUUGCUAUAUAUGGAGGAAAAUAGUUUAAUUAUCAUUGUAUUUAAUUACUAUAAUUUGGUAGUUUUUGUAUUGAGAGCACUUGUUUUUAUCAAAGGGUUUGUAUGUUGAUACUAAUUAAUUAAUGAAUUAAUUACUAUUACUCA